AUUCGAAAACUCCUGAAUGAUUCGACACCGUAUCAAUACAAAUUACAAGCCCUAAUUUCACUUCACUCCUUCAGUCUCUCUCUCUCUACCUAGCUUCCAUCUCUCUCUCUCUCUCUCUCUCACUCACGCACAGAAUGGCGGACAGAAAGAAAAAGCGCCGGCAAGCCGACCCCGAUUCCGACUCCGAAUCCGAAACCCUCCCCUUCAAAAAGCUCCUAAAACCCGACUCCACCAUCCUCUCCUCCCUCAAAGCCCUAGCCACCGCCUCCUCCACCGCCGGCACCUCCUCCGCCGCCAACCCCGUCACUCUCUCCUCCCUCUCUCUCUCCGACACCUGCCGCGAAGUCACCGACCUCCCUCUCUCCUCCGUCCAGUCCCACAUCGAAACCCUCGCCCUCUCUCUCGCUAAAUCAAUUCUCGCCGGCAAUGGCUUCUCCUUCUCCGUCCCCUCUCGCUCCUCCGCUAACCAAUUGUACGUCCCCGAGCUCGAUCGCAUCGUCCUUAAGCACAAAGCCUCACUUCGCCCUUACGCCAACGUCACCACGGUUCGAAAAACCACUAUAACUACCCGCAUUAUGCAGCUCAUCCACCAAUUGUGCCUUAAGAAUAUACACGUAACGAAACGAGACCUGUUUUACACGGAUGUUAAGUUGUUUCAGGAUCAGACGCAGUCUGAUGCGGUGUUAGAUGAUGUGAGCACGAUUUUGGGGUGUACGAGGUCGAGUUUGAAUGUCGUGGCUGCGGAGAAAGGGGUUGUGGUAGGGAGGCUUGUGUUUAGUGAUAAUGGUGAUAUGAUUGAUUGUACAAAAAUGGGGAUGGGUGGGAAGGCGAUUCCGCCUAAUAUUGAUAGAGUUGGGGAUAUGCAGAGUGAUGCGUUGUUUAUUUUGUUGGUUGAGAAGGAUGCUGCGUAUAUGAGGUUGGCAGAGGAUAGGUUUUAUAAUAGGUUUCCAUGUAUUAUUGUGACGGCUAAAGGGCAGCCGGAUGUGGCGACUAGGUUGUUUUUGAGGAAGAUGAAGUUGGAGUUGAAGUUGCCUGUUUUGGCACUUGUGGAUAGUGAUCCUUAUGGGUUGAAGAUUUUGUCGGUUUAUGGGUGUGGGUCGAAGAAUAUGUCGUAUGAUAGUGCUAAUUUGACGACUCCAGAUAUUAAGUGGUUGGGAAUUAGGCCAAGUGAUUUGGAUAAGUAUAAGAUACCUGAGCAAUGUAGGUUGCCGAUGACCGAGCAGGAUAUUAAGACUGGGAAGGAUUUGUUGGAGGAGGAUUUUGUAAAGAAGAAUCCGGGGUGGGUUGAGGAGUUGAAUAUUAUGGUCAAGUCAAAGCAGAAGGCGGAAAUUCAGGCAUUGAGCUCUUUUGGUUUUCAGUAUUUGUCUGAGGUUUAUCUGCCACUUAAGUUGCAGCAGAAGGAUUGGCUUUGAGGAUGGGGAUGGUGCUGAUUGUGAUCCCUUCCGAACACUUCUGUUAGAUUUCGAGGCCAGUUUCUUUCAAGUCACGUGCAUGUCUUAAAAACUUGUUUUAAUUGGGGAUGCAGGUUCUGUUCUUUCGGAGAAAAAACUGAAAAGCAGGCAGUCUACUGGAUGCGGUUCAAAGGUAAAACAUCUGUGCUGAAUGGCGAUAGCUAUAGUAACUGGAAGGCACCAGUCCUCUUCCGACCUGACUUGCACCCAAGGACCCUCAUUGUAUUUUACAAAUUACAAUUUAUAAACAAAAUUGCUGUAUUAAUUAGGGUCUUGAGUCAUGUACUCGAAAGGUAAGCUUAAUCAUAUUUGGUUGGCUGCUCAUCGUAUGCUAGGAUAUAAGAUUUUCUGGGCCGGGUUUUAGCUUCUUGGCAGUUGGCAUAUGUAUGCUGAGAUUUAAGGUUCUGAAUGGAUUAAGUUAUGACUUGAUGAUCGA